AUGAGCAACGCCUUGCCAGACAAGCAUGUCGUCCUCAGGUACCCCCCGGGCGCGGGAGCUGCAGAGCCGCUGGACGUAGAAGAGACCUACCAGCUGCUCGAGCUGCCGCCAGAGAUUCUCAAGCAGGUCGAAGCCUUGGACGGUGCUGAGCCUUUUCCCCUCACAAUCAAAGGCCGGCCCUCAGACGACGCGACGAUCUGUACCCCCAAUGCGACGUUCCAACUCCGCACCAUCGGCAUCUCAAAUUCGCUCCUCGUCUGCCGUUCCGCUGCCGAGGACACCGACGUCUUUCUCCGGAGGCAUGUCGGAGAGGAAGCAAAGGAGACACUGCACAUCAGUGACACAUGCCAUCAAGUAUUUGAGUGCUUGCCUAUAGCACCCAACCUGGAGCGGAUCCGGGCUGUCCUGAGGCCGUCUGCUUGGGAGGGCAUGGACUCGAGUCUUGGCAAGAGAAAGAGGGACGAGAAGAAUGGAAAGGUGGUCAAGAGGUGGACGAAAGAGCAGCUCAAGAGUGUGGUGCAAGCGAGUGAUCGAGAGCUGGAAGACGGGCUGAGAGAGAGGAAUGUUGUGGAAGUAGACGGCAAAUUGAUGUUGCUCCCGGCAGCCAACCUCAAAGACUUGUUGGUGCUUCUGAUAAGCCUGCUCCAUAUCAACUCGAAAGGGUCAGAUACUACAGCUCCUACCAAGACUCUUAUCGAGACACUCGAGAAAGAAUACGACAUUCUUCCUUCCCUCUCUUCGCCUGUCCUCGGACUGUUUGGUCAUGUGGAGGGAGAAAUGUGGAGAGGGGAUAUGAGAAAGAUUGUCAAGGAAGUGGGGAUGGGUAUCCUCACGAGAAUUGGGAGAAACAAAAAGCAGGACGAGUUUGUGGACGAGUGGAAGAAGGAAGUUGGGGAUAGCUGGGAGGAUCUGGUUGAUAUGAAGUUGCUUGAAGGCGAAUACCUUGCAAACCCGCCCCCUGCCUCCGCCCUGGCCGUCGGUACCCGCUGUCCACUCCUCACAUACUUCCCCAUCUCCUCCCUCCCUCUCCAGCCUGCGCCCCGUUUCUCUGAAUUAUUCCUCACUCGCACACGUUGGCGCCCGGACGAAAUGACCCCAUUCUUGAAGGGCCUGACAAGAGACGGAGAUAAGAAGGAGAGAGACAAAUUGGUGGUCAAGUUUGUUAGAGUGGUCAAGGAAAGAGAUGGGGUCUGGUGGUAUCCCAGGAGGGCUUGA